UCGGUGGGCACGCGGGAUUAGUACAAGGCCCAUUGUCGGAGAAACCCAGAACCGCAAACACUCACGAAAGCCAAAAAUCCGUCCCAUAAAAAUCCUGGUCUCUUCUCAAUUGCUUCCGCAGGCGCAGAGAGGGAGAGAGACGCACAUCAGCAGCGUAUCCGUAUCUACCGUGUGCGGCAAGAUGGCAGCCUCUUCAGCAGCUACCUUCUCAAUUGGAUCGACUGUUGCCUUUGGCUCCAAAGUCAGCCCAAUUCCACAGUCGAAACUCUGUGGUGUGACAUUAAACUCUCAAAACCUGCUUAAACGUUUCUGUGGCCUUAGAGCGGCAACAUCUAUUAGCCGUGAAUCUGACUCCUCAUUCUUGGGCAAGGAAAGUGCUGCAGCUCUGCAAGGAUCCUUUGCACUAAAAGCACAAAAUUCAAACCAGAGGUCUCACCAUCGGUUGCAGGUCCAGGCAUCUUAUAAAGUAGCAAUUCUAGGAGCUGCUGGAGGGAUUGGUCAGCCUCUGUCUCUGCUAAUUAAGAUGUCCCCCUUAGUCUCAGUCUUGCACCUAUAUGAUAUAGCAAAUGUCAAGGGAGUUGCCGCUGAUCUAAGUCACUGCAACACUCCUUCUCAGGUUCUGGAUUUCACAGGACCUGCUGAGUUGGGCAAUGCUUUGAAAGGUGUAGAUGUUGUAGUCAUUCCUGCUGGAGUUCCCAGAAAGCCUGGCAUGACCCGUGAUGACCUCUUCAACAUCAAUGCAGGCAUAGUGAAAUCCUUGGUUGAGGCUGUUGCAGACAACUGUCCCGAUGCUUUCAUCCAUAUCAUUAGCAAUCCAGUGAAUUCCACUGUUCCUAUUGCAGCUGAAGUACUGAAAGCAAAGGGUGUUUAUGAUCCCAAGAAGCUUUUCGGAGUUAGUACGCUGGAUGUUGUGAGAGCAAACACAUUUGUUGCUCAAAAGAAGAACCUCAAACUCAUUGAUGUGGAUGUCCCCGUGGUGGGGGGCCAUGCUGGGAUAACUAUUCUCCCCCUUCUGUCCAAGACCAAACCCUCAGUAAGUUUUACUGAUCAGGAAGUGGAAGAGCUGACUGCUAGGAUCCAAAAUGGUGGAACAGAAGUAGUGGAGGCAAAGGCUGGUGCUGGGUCUGCUACCCUGUCAAUGGCAUAUGCAGCGGCCAGAUUUUUGGAAUCUUCUCUCCGUGCACUUGAUGGAGAUGCUGAUGUAUACGAGUGCUGUUUUGUGCAGUCCGAUCUGACGGAGCUUCCGUUCUUUGCAUCAAGGGUUAAACUUGGGAGGAAAGGAGUUGAGGCUUUCAUUCCGUCCGACCUGGAAGGAUGGACUGAAUAUGAGCAGAAAGGUUUGGAAGCCCUUAAGACAGAGCUGAAGGCUAGCAUUGAGAAGGGUAUUGCAUUUGCCAACAAGCAGCCCGUGGCUGCAUAGAGUGAAUGUUGAACCCUUAACCAUGGUGGCGAGAAACACGUUGUUAGACGUGUUUUAUACUAGGAAAAGUUGAUUAUUCUUAUUGCACAAUUGUCAUUGCACCAGCAGCACUUUCAUUUUUGUAGAAGUUGAGUUUCUCUUUUGUUUCAAAGCCCCUUUUUCAAGGAGAUUUGCUGAGUGGUAUUGUAGUAGCUGUUGUAGAUUUAGAGAAUGGAAUCAUUCUCAUGUAACAGUUGCUGUUUCAUAAUAAUAUCGGCUGGUGUUGUGCACUGAA